CAAUAGAAUGCGAGACACUUUUGCGAUGGAAAAUACGAGACACAAUGAUCGCUAUGAAUCCAAAAAGAAGAAGACUUUCAUUGAACUUAGUCGAGGCGGCUUCUUAUUCAUCGUAGCUCUCCUUCUAUUUGUCAUCGCUGCUGUCGCUCUUCUAGUCUUCAAUUUUGCUGUUUGCUCUCCAGAUGAGUCACAGAAAGCAGAGAAAAAAAUUCAAGAUCACGAUGAAGUUUACAAUUUAUCAAUGGCGCUCACAACAUCGACAUACUCACCAGAUAAAAGUUCACCGAAAUAUGCGCAAGAUUUACGACUUCCAAGAUCAAUUAUUCCAAUUUCUUAUGACAUUGUGUUGUUGCCAUUACUAUCUGGUGAAAACUUCACAUCAACUGGUGAAGUGGCUAUAAAAAUUAAAAUUCUUGAGAGUUGUAAGAAUGUCACAUUACACUCAAAUACGUUGUCAAUCGUUUGGAAUGAUUCUCAGAUUCAGAAACUUGAUAACGAUGAUAAGCCGUUCGAGAAUAUUUCAAUCAAAAAUCAAUAUUUUGUUGAAGAUAAACAAUUUCUUGUUCUUGAAACGUCUAAAGAGUUGGAGGAAAAUUCAUAUUACGUCGUCAAAUUACAAUUUAGCGGAAUGAUUAAAGAUAAUCUUCAAGGAUUUUACAAAUCUUCGUAUAAGGAGAAUUCAGAAACUAAAUGGUUGGCAUCAACACAAUUUCAGUCUACCGAUGCUCGAAGAGCUUUUCCAUGCUUUGAUGAGCCAAAUUUGAAGGCAAAAUUCAAACUUAGUCUCGGUCGUCCAAAUGAAAUGAAGACACUUUCAAAUAUGCCAAUUGAGAAGACUGUUUUAUUCACUGAUAAACUCAAAUAUACUGAAGGAUAUGUGUGGGAUAUUUAUCAAGAAUCAGUUCCAAUGUCGUCAUAUUUAGUUGCUUUCGUCAUCUGCGAUUUUGAGAGAAAAUCCAAUGGAAAUAAUUUCGCUGUUUGGUCUCGCAAAGAUGCCAGCAGAUCUUUGAAUUAUGCUUUAAGUGUUGGUCCAAGGGCAUUGGCAUUUCUCGAAGAAUUCUUUAACAUAAAAUAUCCAUUGCCGAAAACAGACAUGAUUGCAAUUCCUGACUUUAGCUCCGGAGCUAUGGAAAAUUGGGGUUUAAUUACAUUUCGAGAGACGGCAAUGCUUUAUGAACCAGGAGUGUCAGCGAUUGGUAAGAAGAUAACAGUUGCAGCUGUGAUUUGUCAUGAGAUUGCACAUCAGUGGUUUGGAAAUUUAGUGACACCGUCAUGGUGGUCAGAUUUAUGGCUUAAUGAAGGUUUUGCAACAUACAUGGAAGAUAUUUGUCUUGAUCAUCUCGAACCAACAUGGAAAAGCAAAGAUUUGUUUGUUGCAAAUGAACUUCAUUCGGUCUUUGGAUUAGAUGCACUCUCAAGUUCACAUAAAAUAUCGAUUGAAGUGUCAAAUCCCGAUCAAAUUAAUGAAAUAUUUGACAUGAUUUCUUAUUCGAAAGGAGCUUCAGUUAUUCGUUCAAUGGAAAGCUUUUUAACUCUUGACGUGUUCAAGAGGGGUUUAACGAAUUAUCUCAAUCAGUUCAAGUACCAAUCAGCAACCCAAGAUGAUUUGUGGUCAGCUUUGACUCUUGAAGCACAAAAGUCAGGAAUUUUCGAUGACACAAUGUCGGUAAAGGAAAUCAUGGAUGGGGGGACAUUGCAAACCGGAUUUCCUUACAUUACGGUCACGAGAAAUUACGAAACGAAUGAAGCAUAUUUAGAACAACGUCGAUUUAUUCUUAUGGAUACAAAAUCAUCGGAAGUUGACAAAAAAUCGAUAAAAAGAAAUGAAAAGGAAGCUUUAUGGUGGGUGCCCAUAACAUACACAACAAAAACUGACUUAGAGUUCGACAACACAAAACCAUCUCAUUGGAUGAAAGCUGAGAAAAAUAUAACAAUUGAAAACAUCGCUCAGUCAUCAGACUGGUUGCUGCUAAACAUUCAAGUCACAGGUUUCUAUCGCGUCAAUUACGACAUUAUAAAUUGGAAGUUAAUCAUCAAUCACUUAAACAACCCGCGACGAUAUCAUGAAAUUUCACAGUCUAAUCGAGCACAGCUGAUUGAUGAUGCAAUGAAUUUAGCACGAGCUGAUCUUUUAGAUUAUACAACAGCACUUGAUGUCACAAAAUACUUGAGUCAUGAACGCGAUUAUGUUCCGUGGAAAACUGCACUCAACAAUUUAUUGUACAUUGACUCAAUGUUAAUUCGCAUGCCAGACUAUGACAAAAUGAAGAAAUAUUUGACAUCGAGAAUUGAGAAUAUUUACAACAGGUUGCAAUUUGAAGAUACUGGCGAUGUUUUGACUAUGCUCAAUCGUUAUCAAAUUUUGAAAGCUGCUUGCCAUUUGGGCAUGAAGGAUUGCGUCACAAAUGCAAUUAUUAAAUUCCAUACAUGGGUCCAUGAAGCAAAUCCUGACAUUAACAAUCCAAUUUCACCAAACUUCAAAUUUGUUGUUUAUUGCACUGCCAUCAAGCAUGGAGACAAUGAAGAAUGGGAUUUUGCAUGGAAUCGUUUGUUGAACGCGACAGCACCAAGUGAAAAAGAAAUUCUCAUCCAAGCUUUGGGAUGCAGCAGAGAACAUUGGAUUUUAAGUCGAUAUCUUGAACGAACAAUAGCCGAGAAUGGUCCGAUUCGUAAGCAAGACACAUUCAGAGUUUUCUCAUCGGUUUCAAACAAUGUUUGGAGUCAAUCAAUAGCUUUUAACUUUAUCAAGGAAAAUUGGAAUCGUUUGAAGACUCAUUUUGGAAGUUUAUAUUUAAGUAACUUAAAUUACUUAAUCAAACUCUCGACGAAAAAGCUGACUGAUCGAAAUCAACUUGAAGCAUUGAAGAACUUUGAUGACAAAGAAGUACAAGAAGGACGAAUUAUCAAACAAGCAAUUGAAAGUGUUGAAGCUAACAUUGCAUGGCUUGAGAAAAAUUAUAAAAAUAUCAUAAAAUGGCUCGAUGAAAAUACUGAGUAAUGAUUGAAAUCAUUUUUUAAUAAGAAAAUAGUUUUAUUUUUCAUUUUCUGCUUUAGUUGGUACUUACAGAAAAAAUAAAAUUUCAAUAAUUAUUGUCGAAAACUUUCUUCUUAUUUUGAAUUGAAGAAAUACAAGAAAUUGAUUAAAAUUUCAUCAUCAAUUACAGUUUCAAUUUCAAUUUCUUUGAUGAUUCUUUUAACUUGUGACUCAGGAAUAAGAUGAACACCAUGUCGAUCAUUAAUGGACCAAUUUAUUAGUUCAUUAAGUCGCAUUUCUUGUGAAGGUUCUUGAGAAAUUUUCAUUUGAUUAUUGAACUUCCAUUCAACCCAAAAAACAAUUCCAUUGCAAGUUUUCAAUGAA